AUGUAGAAUCCUAAAGCUCAAGAAAUAAAAUAACAAAGUUGUUUUGAUUAUAUUUUUGAUUCGUGGAUUUAAGUGAAGGAAUAACCGAAAAUUAAAUAUUCUUAAUAAACAUAACUAACUGUGUUGAGUCAAAGAUAGAAAAAAUUUAAAUGCACCAAUAAGUUAAACUAGAAUAAUGACUACAUAAUUAAAGUUAAAUCUCAAAUUGAUAAAAAAGAAUAAGAUGUAUCUCUGAAUUCUUUUCGAAUUCAUCUUGAUGAAUUUAAAUAGAAAGAAGAAUAAAGUUUUCUUAAACAACCAAUAAUUAAACCUAAGUACAGGUCUCAUUCAGUCUCCAAGAAUUAUAAUGAAGACUAUCAAGUAAAACAUGUAAGUGUUGCCAACUGCUCAACAAUGAUUUCUUCAAAUGCUAAAAGUAGUCUACAAAAUUCAUUGAAUUUCUCUUAAAACUGUAAAUUAAUUUUUCCAAAAAUUAAAUAAUAAUACUCUCCAAAAAUGAGGAUAAAAUAAUUUAGAAUUUUGUGCAAAGUUAUUGGAAAAUUAGUUGUACUAUUUCUUAAAAACUUGGCUAAAACAAGCUUAUAAAGAAUAGGCAAUAUUCAAAAAUUAUAAUAUGUAUUAAAUCUUAAGAAAAUCUUCAAAUUCGAUAGAAAAAUAAAAGAAUCAUUAUCAAAAUCUUUUAGAGAAUGGGUCGAUCCCUCACUUAAAAAAAUAUAAUAUUAUCUUCAAAACACAUUGGUCUAGAAAAAUGAUGAUAAUUUAUUAGACUUAUAAAAAUAGAAAGAUUAAGAAUAAAUUUUGAAUUUAAAUUUCGCAAAAUUUCUGUUUCAAAAUUUAGAACUAAUCACUAGAAAAGGAAAAAUUCCAAAAGAAAUAGUAAGUGCUAUGUCAAAAUCAUUAUAUAAAGAAAAUAAUUAAUAUGUAUCGUCGUUUGUAGCUUAAAGAACUAAAUUUCUAAAAAAGUCUUUCAGCAUUUUAGAAGCCUAGUUAAUAUGCUGUGAAUAUAUUUUAUUUAAUGCAGUCAUUAUCCAAUUAUUUGAGUUAGCAAAUAAUUUGAAAUAUCAAUCAUUCAAUCAUAAUCUUAAAUGUAAAAUUUAAAUAUUAAUGUUAACUACCAUAAUUAAUUAAUUCUACAUAGAAGCCUUUAAAAAUAUGCCAAUAAUUAAUUUCGAUAUCAAAAAAGAGUAGUUAUACACAAGAAUGUUAUAUGUCACGACUGAUUAAGAGUAGCAUCUCAAAUUGGUAGAUACAAAGGAAGUUAAUCAUUCAGAAACUCUAAUUUUAGGAUUAUAACAUUAAGAAUAUAUUAAAGGUUUAUUCUAAUAAAAGGAAAAACAGAAAUAAAAAUUGUAAUUAAUUUUCAACAAAUUUAUUCAUAACCUAAGCUCUUAAAUAGAUAUAUCUGAAUGA